AUGGCACCUAUACCUCCAACACCUGCACAAGACAUUUCAAUUCUUCAUCCAAAAGUUUUACUUCUUUCAGCAGGAAUAACAACAUCCCUUUUUCUUGGAUACAGAUUUUAUACUCGAUAUGUUAGAAGAGUACGAACAUAUUUAGAUUUAACCCCAUCAAUAAUCGAAAACAAUAAGAAACUAUAUGGAUAUGUGACUCGAGUUGGUGAUGGUGAUAAUUUUAGGUUUUAUCAUACUCCCGGUGGCUUAUUAAUGGGAUGGGGUUGGUUAAGAAAAAUACCAACUACUAGAAAAGAAUUGAAAGAUGAAACAUUAAUGAUUCGUUUAUGUGGAAUAGAUGCUCCUGAAGGAGCUCAUUUUGGUAAACCAGCACAACCAUUUGCUGAUGAUGCAUUGAAUUGGUUACGUGGAUAUGUGGAUGGGAAAUAUGUAACCAUAACUCCAUAUUCAAUCGAUCAAUAUAAACGUGUUGUGGCCAGAGCACAAAUAUGGAAAUGGACAGGUAAAAAAGAUGUAUCUGCUGAGAUGUUAAAAACAGGAUAUGCCAUUGUUUAUGAAGGGAAAGCAGAAGCGGAAUUUGGUGAUAACGAGGAUUGGUAUAGAAAGCUAGAAGCUCAUUCAAAACGUUUAAGAAAAGGUGUUUGGUCAUUAGGAAAGAAACUCACUACUCCUGGAGAAUUCAAAAGAGUUCAUUAUCGUGGAGAAUAA